AUGGCGACUUCAUUGAGUUCCAAGCUUAGCAAGGCUGUGAAACAACAGUGCAUGGAUCUCCCUCAGGGAGACGAGGUUCAGAUCAUGUACAUCUGGAUUGAUGGAACUGGAGAGGGACUGCGAUGCAAGACAAGGACUCUAGACUCCGAACCCAAGACCAUUGAAGAACUCCCUGAGUGGAACUUUGAUGGCUCUAGCACAUAUCAGUCUGAAGGAUCCAACAGUGACAUGUUCCUGAUCCCUCAAGCCAUGUUCAGAGACCCCUUCAGGAAGGACCCCAACAAACUUGUCUUGUGUGACGUUCUCAAAUACAACCGCAAACCUGCAGAAACCAAUCUUUGUAAGACCUGUAAAAAGAUCAUGGACAUGGUGCAGAACCAGCAUCCUUGGUUUGGAAUGGAGCAGGAGUACACAAUUCUUGGCACAGAUGGUCAUCCAUUUGGUUGGCCCUCCAAUGGUUUUCCUGGUCCUCAAGGUCCAUACUACUGUGGUGUGGGAGCUGAUAAGGCUUAUGGACGUGAUGUUGUCGAAGCCCAUUACAGAGCCUGUCUGUAUGCUGGAGUCAAAAUCUGCGGCACCAAUGCUGAAGUCAUGCCUGCACAGUGGGAAUUCCAAGUUGGGCCUUGUGAAGGCAUUGAGAUGGCAGACCACUUGUGGAUUGCCCGCUUCCUCCUGCACAGGGUUUGUGAAGACUUUGGGGUUGUGGCCUCUUUUGACCCUAAGCCCAUCCCAGGCAACUGGAAUGGAGCUGGUGGCACAUAUUUCAGCCCAUACACCAACUUCAGCACAAAGGAGAUGCGUGAGGAAGGGGGUAUGAAACACAUUGAGGAGUCAAUUGAAAGGCUGGCCAAGAGACAUCAGUACCAUAUCCGUGCCUAUGAUCCUAAAGGAGGGCUGGACAAUGCCAGACGCCUGACCGGCCAUCAUGAGACCUCCAACAUUAAUGAGUUUUCUGCUGGAGUGCUGAACCGUGGUGCUAGUAUCCGAAUCCCACGUUCUGUAGGCCAGGAAAGGAAGGGGUAUUUUGAAGACCGCCAUCCCUCAGCCAACUGUGAUCCAUAUGCAGUCACCGAAGCUCUUAUACGUACAUGCCUACUCCAUGAAGAGGGCGAAGAGCCUGUGGAAUAA